CGUAACGUUGUGUUUGAAUGAUUCACAUGUAAUACAAUCAAUAAGUGUUAUUAAAAAUAUAUGAUAUUAACAAUGAUUUGACAAUUAGUGACCAAUUAAUCGGUGAUCACAUGAUAUUUACGGUGAUUUUCAGUGGACAUUGUAUGACAAGAAUUUUGCAGAAGUAUUGGUAGUCAUCAGUGGCUGACAAACAUUAACGCCGCUAAUGGACGACUUGGUCCGCGAGUUAAAUGUCUUGCGUCUGGACUGCAAUCAUAGCCGUAUCGGCGACGGUGGCGAUGGACAAAGUCAAGAAAAUGAACGCCAAUUGGUAGACACUAUUGAGCGAUACGCCCGAACUGUUCUGUCCAUUACAUGGGAUCAGGAAAUGGUGAUCACGAACGACGAGUUUAAGACUAAAAACUCGGAGGCAGUCAUGAACUCAAUCAUCUAUUUGUUGGACGGAAUCGGACAACUGUGUGAUGAAUUGGACACCAAUGGCCACUGCGAUCAACAAUUGUCGAGUGAUCGGCCGUUUCAAGACAAUACUAAAUGUGUUGGUUUAGGGGUUACCGAUUACACUGCGGUCAAGACAUUACUCGGUAUUGACAUUUGUGAAUGUCUUCUGUGGCGAAAAGCGGCCCUUUUGUAUGCCUUCUGUAAUAGCAAACUGAACGCCGGAAUUAAGUUUGUGGACAACACGGUUGUUGUCGAAGAUAACAGUGACCUACGCGAUGAAGAAACGCGACAUAAACUACUUCAGUAUCUUAUCGAUGGUAUCCAAUGGUUUCGUCAGUUUCUUAGCCAAAGACAACCAUUUGAAGUUAAUUCCGGCGCAGAGAUGGUGCCGAUGACAUCAUCUGAAUCUUUAUUGACAAACAAUAUCUUCAGUGAUAAUCAUUUACUUUCACUCAUGUAUUUGUCAGAAAUGUGUGUUUGGUAUCACAACUAUUCAAACCAUUGGCGACUAUAUUUGUACACCGGUUUCGAUGUGGAAGAAUGGGCCAAAUAUUGUCUGAGAUUAUACAUUAAUAGUGUGGACAAUCAUUUUAACACAAUUGGCUGGAACUGCGACAAAGCCAAACAAUUGUUGACAUUGUUUUGAUUGAUUGUCUGUCUGGUUGUUGUUGUGUCCAAUAAUUGCAAACUAUUGUUCAAAUUGAUUGCUGAACUCAAUUAUAUUUUAUAUAUAAUAUCAAUGAAAUGCUCAAAAUUAAAAAUAUCA